UGUCCCCAGCCAUGGCCCCGGCACUGCCGCUGCUCCUCGCCCUGCUCGGGACCACCCCAGGUUUGGGGGCGCCGGGCGGGGGCUGCGGGGUGCCCCCCUCUGCCUGGUGCCAGGACUGGGUGACGGCGCUGCGCUGCGGGGCCCUGGGGCGCUGCCCCCGCCUGGGCCAGGGACCCCUCGAGGCGCUGGGAGACCCCCUCGAGGCGCUGAGAGACGCCCCCGAUCUGGACGCCUGUGCCGUGUGCCAGCAGCUCUUGGACUCACUGCGCCACAUCUCCAGCGUGUCGGCCGUGGAGGUGGUGUUGGAUGACUUGGUGGGGUUGGCGUGCCCCCAUAUACUUGUGGUGGAGAGCCUGUGCAAGAGGGCAGUUAAUGACCUUGUCCAUCGCUUCCUCCAGAACAUGCAGCACCUCGACUCCUGGAGUGUCUGUGCCAAGCUGACCCUGUGUCGUGAAGAGCCCGGGGUUGUGCCCGUCCUCGAGGGGCCUGGCAGCCGCCUGCAGCACCCCAAGAACGCCACUGUCCCCGCGCUGUCCCUGUCCCUGGGCCCCUGUGCCCUGGGCCCCAUCUUCUGGUGCUCAGGCCCAGAGGCGGCGCGGCGCUGCCAGGCCGUGCAGCACUGCAAGGACCACGUCUGGCUCUAGGGGGGCACCAGGACCCCCCGGCUUUCCCCAAUAAAGCUUGGAUGCAGCUCUG